GGCCGCAGAAACUCAGCUGCCGGGCCGCAUCAGUAGAUUAUAGUCCAGUCAGUAGGAAACUCGAUCGUGAGCUAGAAUUUAGUGGUUCCAUCUUUUUAUAACUGAGUGUUUUACGUAUCAGAACGUGUUAGAUUUUAUUUAGUAAUAGCUGGAUAGCCAACGAAGGUUUUUUUUCUGUGGUUUUAAAUUGUGCGAAAGAUAGGAACAAGAGAGAAAGUAAAAAUGGUGAAAGUUCCCAGUAGCGGUUUGAUUAUGCAUACUUCUGAACAAUAUAAAGAUUGUUCGAGCUUACUCAGAGAGGCAGACGAUCCUCCGCUGGAAGAACUAGACCCAGCUAUUUUGAGCUGUGGACUGCCGGCAAUUAUACUAUCGGACAUUCUACCGAGUUUUUCGGCUCCCAUCCGCUAUACGGCUAGUCAGAUACUAUCCGUUAGAAAACAUUCGCUCUGUUUCCGACGCCCGAUAGUGGCCGAUGAUCCAAAAAUUGGCCGUUUUGCUAUCUGGAGAACCGCCAACGAAAUGAAAAAAAUCGCUUCGAGAGAGCGGAAAAUUACCAAGAGCGACGAAACUAUGAGCGGCCAAUCGAGCAAAGAUAUGUCUCACGAACGAUCCACUGACCCACUUAAGUAUCGCCAAGGACGCGAAAAUGGAUUCAGUGCUCCGAGGUUUCGACGCAACUAUGAAUUUAGCAAUCGCAGCCAUCAUGCGAUUGUGAAGAGCUACAAAGGUGGUGAUGAAUUCCGCCUGCAGGAUACAGUCAUCGAAGAGGAGCCUGAGUGGGUGUCUGCUGGACCAACAUCCCGCCUGGACACGAUCGAAUUACGCGGUUUCGAUGAAGACUUGUCACUUAACGCUUUAUCAACAUCUCAAUCAUCUCUGGAAAAAACGAAUUCUGAUGCAAAGACCAAAUCAACCGGAAAGCACAUCUCAUUCUAUGACGAGUUGCACCACUACGAACAUAUACAUUCGAAGCGUGGUGGAAAUGGUUCAAAGCAACAUGAUACCUCUGGACGUGAAAAUGACGUCGAGAGUGUUGCUGCUUCCAGUACUAGCUCGUCACCACCGGCUCGUAGCACUCCUACCAAGGGUAUUACCGAUUACAACAAUACCUCAUCUAACCAAAAAUAUCAUCAGCAGUCACAAUAUGGGGUCAACGUGAACAACUUCGAGGAAUUUAUGAAAUUUGAGUCGCUAUUUGGGACGGACAAUGACCCAAGUGGUAACGGCCAAAGUGGUUCCCGUUUUAGCAAAUGGUUCCGACGCGGUAGUAACUCGUUCAGCCAACAGCAAACUUGGAACCAGGAUGGACGUCGUCAGUCGUAUAACUCAACCAAUGACAACUUUGGUCAUGCGUACGGUAGCACAAAUCGGUUCCAGCAGGAUCGCAAUCAGCAUCGUCUUUCCGGAUCAUCAUACAAUCGUGGUUAUCAAGCGGAAGCAUUUGAUCACGAGAAUAUCCGUUCCGCUGAUUCAAACACCGCAUUCAAACGGCUUGUUGACAUGGUUGCCCAAAGCCGUGCUAGUAGUAAUUUGAUUGCUCAGCAACAAUACUUGAAGCAAUUGCUGAGCAAGAAUCAGCAGAGCGAAAUUUUGCGCCGCAUGCUUAUGAAAACCACCGUAGACAACGUGUCUGAAGCUGGUCAGUCAAUGCCACAGCAGCAUCAAACGGCUGCUCAACCACCACGUAUUCCGACGCAACGUGAGCUGCAAUUUCACACCCAAUCAAUUAUGCAGAAUGCUCUUUUGCGCAAAAAGCUCCAGGACCAACGGAAAUUGCUUUUCGAGCAGAACAAUCAGAUGGCUGUGAUUGCGGCUGCUGCUUGUAAUGCGGAACCUAAUCCCACUGUCCAGCAGUUUGUUCAGUCUGUCUGUCCGAACAUCCAAAGAAGUUUGUCGGUUCUCAGCCAAACGGCCAACAAUGCUAGCCAAUGUCAGCAGUUCAACCAGUCAUUUCCCGGUAGCAGCGGCACAAACAACUCUCUCUUCGCUGGUGGAUCAACUCAGCACGAUCUGUCCACCUCAUUGCAGCAGAUGUUACUUUCGCCGCAAAGUCAGCGUUCAGUUGGAAACAGCCGACGCUUCGGAAAGGCUCAAUAGCCAGUCUAAUUAGGGUUCGAUGCAAUUUGUUUUUUAUGAGAGUUGAUUUCUCAAGCUACAUCUUCCAGUGUUGGAAGCAAUCAAAUGUGAAGAUGGCAUUCGUAUAUUUUACUAAUCAAGUUUCUAUUAAUACGUUCCUUAUAUUAUGAUUUAAAGAUGUCUGUGUUAUGUUUUGAUAGCUUUUUACUAUAAACAGUUUGUUUCGUUGCAUCGGUAUCUGUAUUCUUUCUUCUAGUAGUUACUUUAGCAAAAUCGCACCUUAAUUUUUGUGAAAGUUAUUUUCUUUUUCUAAUUUGAACGAUAUUAGUCCUAAGACGAUUGUUUGUAAAUUACAAGAACAAAAGUUCAUCUUUUCUCUUUAAAGACAUAAUUUCUAAUUGUUAAUUUUCAACACCUUAUCAUACUAUAUUAUUGAAAAGUGCUCCGCCAGCCAUAAUGAUUAGUACAUAGUUUCACAAGAACUGAAUUAAAAUAGUGAAUUUAUCACCCAAUCUUUAUAAUAAACAUUGAAUUCUAA